AUGGAUCGUAUGGUCGAAGAGGCCAUACGCAACUGCUUCACCUGCCAAUCCAAUGACAAAACUGCCCGAACUCGGACUGCUCCACUUCAACCUGUGCCGUUGCCAGAGGGACCUUGGCAAAACGUCGCGAUUGACAUCACCGGACCUUUCGAAAAGGGUCCCCAGGACUGUAGAUUUGCUAUAGUUCUCAUCGAUUACUACAGCAAAUGGCAAGAAGUUGCAUUUGCUCGAACUGUCACUUCUAGCACAAUCAUUUCGAUGCUAAAUACGGUUUUCGCACGCGAAGGACUGCCCAAUGAAAUUGUCACUGACAACGGAGUACAAUUUACUUCAUCUGAGCUUGAGAACUUUCUGCACAACUGCGGAAUCAAACACUACAAGUCGUCGCUUUACUACCCAAGGGCAAAUGGGGAAGUAGAGCGUUGGAAUAGGGUUCUCAAACAGACCCUACAGCUUGCUUCACAGAAGAGGAGAGGGCGGAAAGAGGCAGUUGUAGAACUACUCUCUGCCUAUUGUUCAACGCCACACCAGACAACAGGGAAGUCACCAUCCGAACUACUGCACAAUCAGAAGCUGAUCACGCGUAUGAACAUUCGCCACGAUAAGCCACAGCAGCAGGAUGAUGCUGAACUUCGCAGUCGUGUUGCACAGAGACAGGAAAAAUCUCGCAGCUACACUGACUCAAAGCGUGGUGCGGUUAAUCCAAAGUUCAAGCCAGGAGACUUUGUACGCGUGAAACGACCAAACAAAGGGACAACCAAAUUCUCUACUCCACAGAAGAUUGUCAACACUAAGGGAUCAUUUACUUAUGUGUUAGAGGAUGGAAGAGUCUGGAACGCUUCAAAAUUAAGUCUAUGCCCUGUAGAAUUUAUAGCACAGGGUUAA